AAAUUUGCAUGCGUUGUUGCUUACACACGCAUUUCUGAAACUGUACGCAGCUCAGUUCUCAUCAGCAAGAUCUUAUUAUCAUGGCCUCCAACUUCAAUCUAGCUCCCUCAGAUGCACACCCAGAGACAAUGGAUCUUCUGUCACGUGCAUGGUGCAACUUCGCUGUACAGGCUCUGCAACCAGAGCCUCAAGAUGGAUUAUCACUAGUUCUUGCUGAUAACCCAAUGAAACAAUUGGAGGGCAGUCCAAUAGCUAGUCCUACAAUGGAAAAGAGUGCUAGAAUGGACAAUGCAGAUAUCGGGUCUGUCCCUUCAUGGAAGUCUAAUGAUGUGAAGUCAUGGAUAUGGAUGCAGCAAGCGAUGCAUCCUGAGUUAAAUUACAGCAGCUACUUCCGAAAGAAAUGGAUGCCGUGGAAGCAGAUAAUGCCACUGAAAAACGUGUCAAUCAAGAAAUGGUUUAGAGAAUUGAAGCUGAGGAGAAGGGAGGAACAAAGGGUGCAAACGGCAGAAGUGCAUGCAGCAAUAUCAGUGGCUGGGGUGGCAGCUGCUCUAGCAGUCAUUGCUGCAGAAAACUUGAAGGGCGACUGGCCUUCUAACGCCGAGAAGGAAGCAGCCGUAGCUUCUGCAGCCGCCUUGGUUGCAGCUCAGUGUGCAAAAGUUGCAGAAGCCAUGGGGGCAAAGAAGGACCAACUUAACAGUGCAAUUAGUUCAGCCAUGAUUGGUACAAGUGCAAGUGACAUAUUGACCCUAACAGCCGCAGCUGCAACAUCAUUGAAAGGAGCAGCCACACUGAAAGCAAGAUCAGGAUGCAAGAACAGGCUAAAUGGGGGUGUGCCAGUUUUGCCCAUUGAAGACAACAAUGACUUGGACUUUGACUUUGCAAAAGGCAGAUCCAUUCUCGCAGAGGGAGCUGAGUUGCACGUGGAAACGCCUGAAGGGGAGUGCAUGGUUAGAUCAGUAUCUGUCGUCUUGAAAAGUGAUGCUAAGGUGGUUCUUAUAAUGAGGAAGCACAAUCUGUUAAAAAGCAAGAAGGAAAGUAUAGUGAUGAACAUGCAUGCAGAGCUGUAUAAAGAUAGAGAAGGUGAGGAAGCUGAGACAUGUUAUCUGAUAGUUUUGACGACAAGCAGAGGAACGUUCAAGCUUGAUAUGGCCGAUGAUGGUCAUCGCUACAAGACCUGGGCCACCACCAUCAAUCAUUUCCUCAAUCUCUCUUCUUCUUUCUCCAGAUAUGAACUCCAAUUUUACAGAACUUGAUAUCAUAUCCUUCUCAAUCUCCAUAUUUUCUCUGUAUCCUUCACAAUCUUUGUACUUUUAUUCAUGUAUACACUUUUAUGUAAUUAUCUAAUAUUGCUUAUUCUGAUCCAUGAUGGAUAUGUCAUGCAUGCCCAUUGUUCAUUUAAGUGGAGGGAAGAGGAAGUUAUUAA